UGUGUGUGUGUGUGUGUGUGUGUGUGUGUGUGUGUGUGUGUGUGUGUGUGUGUAAAUCUGUAUUUGCAUGCUGGUAUCCACCUGAAGUCAUCGCCAGGCUUUUACAAGGUCCUGGUUACAUGUAAACACACUACAUCAUGGCACUUAGCUCUUGUAAGUGUUUAGUUUAUACAGAACGUCUUCAGCUCCUUACGAUGUAAACAUUGAGCAACAUGCUUUACAGUGUGACAGUGUCCUCCUGUGACCUUGAUGUUUCCUUGUUUGGCUGUAGGGAGCUUUUCAUUAACAGUUAUAAAUCAAACAAGGAAGGAUUCCUUUAUACACUAUGUGAUCUCUGUCUGAAUGGCACCUUUUUGUGAGGUUGUUGCUGCUGUUUUUGUUCCAGAAAAGCAGGCAAGUUUUAGCCCCGCUAGUGUCACGGUGCAUUGUCUGUCUGUCGAUCGAUCGAAAUAUCUCAACAACUAUUGGAUGGAUUGCCAUGAAAUCUUGUACACACAUUUGUGGUCCCCAACCGAGGGAUCCCGACUUUCGUGAUCCUCCUUUGUGGGAUUUUACCUCUAGCGCCACUGCAAGGUCUAGGGUGUGUAAUCGUCAGUCAGGUGCAUACACCACAGGACGCAGUAUGGCCAUACUUCCUCCUCUGUUAGUUGGUGCUCAAAUGAUUUGACAGUUGAUAUUUAAGAGGCAUUAAACCACUAGUAUGCCCAGAUAAUCUAUUCUUUUUCUUGCUAAACUGUGCAUAAAGUGGUGUUUUGCAUCUUAUUUUUUUUCAUCCCACUACAAAUAUGUUUUAAAAUGAUAAACAAAUACGGUACAUUUCAUCUUCUGCCAGUCGACUUGCAGCCCUCCUAAACAGGACAUCCGGGUUAACCUCAUGGGCCUUAAUACAUGUAGCCUCGCUGCGUUAAAGCAAAAGUAAUUUGUGCCAAGGCAAUCUGGUGCUAUAAUCCCCAGUAUUAGCAGGAGGAGGAGGUGGGGGGGCGGCGGCUAACAUGAUUUCCUGGCUGUGGCCUAGAUGGGACUCGGGCCUGUAUUAUCUGGCCAUCAGAGAGAGUCAGCCUCAACUCUAAUAUCUGUGUGUUAGGAGAGCAGGAAAUGGCCUUUUGUGUUGCUGGCCAAUACAGCCCGCGGACAGGAAGAGAGGAAACAUGCACUGUGUCGUGCCAUGUCGGGCGACUGCCUCUCUGUGCGUGCAGCAAUAUUACAGAGAGGAGGAAGUCUAAGACUCGCAGACAGAAUCGGCUCUUUUAACUCCUUCGCUCCCUCACUAACCAUUCUUACUGGAGGUAGAGGCUAAUUGGGGUCUGACAACCUAGGAAAUAUUGCUCUUCCUUCUCUCCCCUAGCCGUUCUUUUUGUCUCUCCUCUUACCUUACAUUGGAAUUUGUAAGACACCCGUGUUUAACAGAGCAGCGCUGUGUUAGCCCCCGAGAGCUUAAAGAUUAAAGCAACCUCUUAGAGCAUUUAAGGAAGUGGAAGGAACCUUCUUAUUUUUUUUUUGCAGAAGGGGUUUGCUGUUUUCUCCUUCGUACUCGCUCAUUUGUUUUGUUUUGUGCCAGCAGGUUGAAUGGAAAAUUGCAACAGGGCUGAGGCUCCGGGGUGGUUGAACAUCUGGGCUGCUGUUGCUGAGAGAGAGAGAGAGAGGGGGGGGGGGGGGGGGGAUGAGUUUGCCGCUCGCUUGAACCCAGACAGACAAACAUAGGAAUUUACUCGGUUUCACAUUCCUCCAUGUGUCAUGCACAAGGACACACUUGGAUGAGCAUUUACACCCACCAAUGUCAAGUACGCAGACACAGGCAUGUCCAUACAAAACACACAGUUGUGUCUGAGCCCCCCGAGGAGCAGAGGUGCCUCCAGCAGGAAAGCGUCUGCAGGCAGGCAGCUCCAGGGCCUCUGUAGGCUUCUGAAGCUGCUCCUCUGUUUGGCCUUGUGGGAAGGGGGGAUCCAACAAGGGAGAAAUCAAAAGAAAUGAUAUCAUAGAACCACACACACCUUUCAGAUGUAUCAUUGUAUGAGAUCGUUGGAGCAUGAACACCCAUUUCUUCCUCCUUGGCCUCUCCUGCCUGCUGAUGAAGCCGAGCGGAAACGAUGUUCCUUAAGCAUGUGGUAUUCCACUCUGCUGCCCCUGCAGUUAAUUGUUUUGAUAUGAUCUCUGUACACGCUGUGUUUAAUUGUUUAACUAGAGAUCCAAGAGGAUCUCAAGAUAACCGUAUUAUAUCCUGCAAGUGUGCAUUAUAGCCCAUAACACAUUAUCACCAGAGCAAUGACAUCAUCUUUUCAGCCUUGUCAAGUGUCUGUGUUGUGUCUAAAUACACACCAGGAGGUGGAAUGAUACCCCCCCAAGCUUCUUUUUUCUGCUUUUUUUGGAUAUCAGCCCUCAGAGCUCUCGCAGCUCUGUUAUCCGGGCACAGCGAUGGCCAUCAGGGACAUGGCCAGGCGUAGGCAUGUGUGUGGGAAGUGAGCAGGCAGGCAGGCUGUCACUUAGCAUUACAGCACUACAGUCUCCCCGUGGGUGACGUGAGGGGAGUGGAAAGUGAGAAGACGAGAGAGAGAUGGAAGAGUGAGAGGGAGAAUACAAGAGUGGAGCAAACAAUAUACAGCAGCCCACACACCAAAACACACAACCGUGAGUCUAAGAAAGCUGCUGUUUGUUCUUCUUUUCAUUGGACCGACCGCUGAAGAUAAGCUCUUCUGACAAUACUUCACUGCUGGCCUCUGGAAAGAGAAUCCAAAGUGAAAGGAUGCUAAGAGGUAAAGGGAAGUGUUAAAGACUGGGUAGAGAAGACAAAAAUAGUCGGUUCAUACCGUUCAUCUGGUGGGUUGCAGAUCAGUAAAUAAGGCUCCAGCAUCUCUGCAGUGAAACAACAUCACACCAGUCCUCUCUACUGCAGCAACCUGGGAUAGCAAUGUUCUACACUGCUGCAUUUGGCUUAUUUUAGGAGCCCACAUGACCUACAGUAGCUUGGUACUAUUUAAUGGUGUUCCUACCGGAAAUAUUUGAAAGCUAAACCUACGGUAUGGCAGCAUUCAUCUGCACAGGAAUAUAACACCUGAGAAAGAGUUUUCCCGUUACAGAUUUUUAAGGUAAUUCGACAAAUCAAUUAGCUGAAGAAGUCUUUGUAACAAAGUUGUUUUUUGUUCAACCUUACAGCACCUGUCUGUUAAUCACAUAACAGUUGACCCCAGGCUUCAAUUUGUGCAGAUAGCAAACAAUCAGUGGGUUAAGUCCAACUUUCAUAAGCAUGACUUGUGUAAGAGAUGCAGUCAAACCAAAAUGUGAGUUUCCCCUGUUGUCCCACAAUGAUAUAAAGGGUUCUGCCAGACUUUUUUCCUGCGCUGGCACGAAGCGUUUGGCUCAAAGGUCUGGCCCAGGGAGGCUAUGUUUCCAUGGAUGCUAACACGGCUAUUGGCACUACAGAGUCUGAUUGCUUUUGUUUAUAACCCACUGCUGUCCUGUGAUAGAGUUGCCUCAGUGUAACUCAGGAGCUGCCAAAUUUGGCUAAACCCUGUGGGGAUACAGGAGCCCGUUCUAGCUGGCAGACAUCUCAAGCAGUAGUCAAAGGUGACAUGAUUAUAUUGUGUGCAUGGGAUCGGGGCCCAUGGGUGCAGAGGGGAGUGGCAGAAUCUAAACAUCGGCUGGGUGGCCCAGUCUCUGCUCUGGCUGUGUCCUUUUUAGUGCUUAAGACUUCACGGUAGGCGACUGGCUUAUUAGAGGGUCAGUGCUGAAACCCAGCGCCCCUACUGCACAUACACGGAUUAUUACCUAACAUAUUAGAUUAGAUCGAUUUAUCAUGAACGUGUCACAAAUUAGCCCAUAAAAUGAAAAAGUAAACAUUCUAAAUUCUUAAUAAACUAAAUAAAGGAAUACAUUUUUUGUGCCUCAGUCCAGAGAGAGAGAGACGAGGCCUCAGGAAUUAUAGCUGGAUUCACAAUGUGAUAUUCAAAUGCUGAUGCAAUGGCUUCCAUAACAUUCUACUACUUUAUUGAUCUAUGUGAGCUUUUGUGUCUCCAGUGUUUGUAGGCUGGCUGUCAUUCUUCUGAUGAUUUCCUGUUGCUGAUCCAGGAAUCUUGAUUUGAUGACAGGAUGGCAUUACCUGCAUGGAUUGUUGAUGGCAGGAAGCAUGUGUGAAGCGUUAGCACUUGAUUUGAGGCUUAAUUCAUGGUUAACAUCGACAUCUGCCUCAAGCUGGAGUUGAGUCACAGUACACAAGUUCAGAAGUUACUCAGUUUACUUUCUUACUGUACUUUACUACCCAGUCAGUAGUAUGUGUUAUAAAGCACAGCAUGCUGUUGAUCCUUGCAUUUACAGUAUUUACUCAAUGCGACAAUGCUUUGUAUUUAUCUCUCUGUGUAUUUUUAAUGACAGUUACCGAAGCAUACACCUGCUCUGAAGCUUCCUGAAAACAUAUUUUCUCACUCAGCUUCUCACCAUCAGUUGUUUUUUUUGCCAAAGAACAGUUUGGCUUAUUUCAUGUGACAGAUUACUGUAUUUGUCUUUUUGUCUGUGGACAUCUCACUGGUUGGAUGUAGGUGGAGCUCGGUCGGAAAAACAUGAUUGGCAUAGGUCUGUGUACCAAUCACAAUUCAACUAUCUUAAUCAAAAUAUGAUGAAAGCUGUGGUGUUUGCUUUUACUUUGCUAACAUUGCUCUCUGUCUGCUUGAUUUAUCAGUAUCAACAGUAUCUACUUUAUAUGGUGAUAACAUGAAAACGUUGUGUUUACUGAAUAGCUUGCUGCACUGCCAAACACGUCAAUUAAUGCAGGUCUAUGUUCAGUUUUUGAAAAAAUGUAUAAAAGAGGGUAAAUGCUCUGAAAUAGUCCUGCAAGGAUGAUGGAUUUUUGUAGGCCAAUGCAGAAGUUAAUAUUCCCAUUGGAUUUUGGAUUAUUGCAGGUAAUAAACAAACCUUUAUUAUACUUGCACAUUUUGUUCAGCAACAUAAUCUUCACGAAUAAAAACACCCCGUUUAGGACUUUUCAAGCUUAAAUGCAAGUGCCACAAGUAAAACGAUAACGUGAGGCUAUAAAGGAACCCACCACUUCGAUGUAACCGCCCUCUUCCAACUCAUGCAAUAUGCGUUUGUGUGACAACCCCGACAACCACUGUACUCUCAUAUAGCUACUUGUUAAGAAACCGCCUUUUUUAGGACUAUCAACACCGAGGGGUUUUAUAUCGUAGAACAAAAAUUCAAAUCUCUUCAGCUUGUGUUAACUAAAGACCUUAUUUCAGGGAUCGAAACAAAACUCCUUCCAUAAAAACAAAAAAAGACAGACUUUGAUUUCUGACUCAAUUCCUGGUUUUAGGGCUCAUUCCUGCAGCACUCUAUUGGAUUGAAAGAGAUUUUUAUUGGUAAAUGGGGUCCUUUAAAAAAAAAACAAGGUUUUAAAAAAAUCAUUGUAUUGUAAAGACCCCAAGAAUGCACCAAGUUGGUUCAAAUGUGGGAUCUUUUAAAGCUGGAUUGAAGGCGAGUGAGGCAGCGGUUGGCAGCUCAUGAAAUGGACACACUAACAAUAAUCCUUUUUGCAACACUUGUAAGUAUUUGAAGCUCUCAUGCAGAGUUGAGCUGUACCCGGUCUGAUCUCGACAUAACUGCAUUUGACAGAGCAUUUUCCAGGCACAUUUGUUCAGCCGUCAGUUUAUUUGGCUCGUGGGAACGCUGCGCCUUCAGGGUCAGACCAACAUCAGGGGCUGCUGUCUGUAGAAAUAAUAGAGCAGACAGUGUUACUGCACAGAGGGCAGAGAAACGAAAAUUGAAACGGAUACAGAAGGGGGUUAAACGAGGUCAGAUGGAAAGAGCUUAACGGUGCAUAAAAGAGAGCAAUAGGAAGCACUGGGGGGAGACAUUGAGUGAGCAAGGGCUAGAAAAGGGGAACAUUUUAAAAAAAAGCGAGAGAAAUGGAGCAUGAAGUAUAGAUGGAUAGAAAGUUAGAGGAAGGAGAGAAGGAAAGGGCAGUGAGGGAGGCUGCUGCUUCGGGCUUUAGGGUUUGCUCACAUUCUCCUCUGCUGGCAUCUGCCACCGCUGCUGAACACAGCUGAAGUCCAUCUGAGGAGCUCUUCUGUCAGCCUUCCAAGCGCACCACGCUGCACACGCACUGCGCACACCACGCUGCACCGCCAAGACGAGGGAGUGAAAGCAACCCGUAGUAGGCUCAGAGCGAGAGGGAAGAAGCACAAAGAGCAGCAGGAUAAAGUAGCAGAAAGAGUUCAGUGUCACCGCACGCCGAGCAUCGGUCUUUGGUGGAGACGUAGACUUUAACCCGGCACACUGAAUCCGUCAGGAUCACAGGACAGGAUGAUCAAGUCCAGUUGGUUUUAUGUCAAGUUCAAAUACAACGAGAAGCUGAAGCCAGGGCAGAACAACUGUAAGGGCAGCGACAGCGAGAGCGGAGAGUCCAAGCCUUCCGUCAGGAGCAGCUCCAGAGACAGAGUGACAGACUGUGACACCGAGAGCGACCAAGACGACAAGGUCUCCGAUGCCAGCUCAGAGAAGUUGUUCAGCACAGCUGCAGUUAAAGUUCCAGAUUUUGGCAUCCAUGUGCUCUCCACCAAUUGCAGCCAGGAGCCUCACGGGCCAGGCCUCCUCCAGGUGUCAGGCCUAGAGCGCAGUCAGGAGAGGAGCCAGGAGACCUGCAGGGACCCCCAACCCCCUGCAUCCAGCACCCCCAGUCAGCCUCUGCCCCCCCAAGCCCUCCCCCUGCCCCAGCCGGCCGUCCCCCGGCCCCUUACCCCUAAACGGACCCAGACAAACGGCCCUGCCCAGGUUCCGGCCUCCACAAACCUGCCCCCACGCUCAGAGGCUCUCCCCAGGCCUCAGACGCCCGCAGCCCUGCCUCUCGCUCAGGGCCAAGAGCGCUCGCCUCCCCCCCCCCCCCCGACACAGCACCUGCCCGAACUGCUGUCCCACCCCCGGCCUCCGCCGACGCCCAGCCUUCACCCACACCCGCCGUCGCCUGCCCUCCCCACCCAUCACCCUCACCAGCAGCACCCCAGCCAGGCCGGGCCCCACCGGCCCCCAUCACGCUGCCACCCCCGGCCCCUUUCUGCCUACAACGGCCACAGCCUCAACGGUCACAGCAGCAGCAGGAGCAGCACCCCAGGCACCAAGCCCCACGGGCCCCCUGCUCCCUCUUUGCACCUCCCCCACCACCCGCCUCCUCCUGCGGCGGCGGCAGCAGCAGCAGCCUCCACCUUCCCGCUGCCCUUGGCGGCUAACCAGAGCACCCCCCACAGCUGCCCCCCUGCCUUGCAGUCCUCGCCGCACCCACAUCACCCCAAUAUGUUCGCUCCUCCAGCAGCCUUGCCUCCACCACCACCACUUACGUCUAGCACCCUGCCAGUACCCGGACAUCCUGCUGCUGGGAGUGCCUACUCAGAGCAAGAACUCCUGCGCCAGGAGCUCAACACCCGUUUCCUGGCCUCCCAGAACGCCGACCGUGGCGCCUCGCUGGGCCCUCCGCCCUACCUGCGCACAGAGUUCCACCAGCACCAGCACCAGCAUCAGCACCAACACACCCACCAGCACACCCACCAGCACACCUUCACGCCCUUCCCCCACGCCAUCAUGCCCACCCCAGCACCGCCCAUGGUGCGUACCCCUGCCAGAAAUUUUGAAAAAUACCCAUCAAAAAUUGACCCCUUCUACAGACACAGUCUCUUCCAUCCCUACCCACCGGCCAUGUCUGGCCUUCCGCCCGUCAUCCCCCCGACCGGGCCUUUCGGCUCACUGCAGGGCGCCUUUCAGCCCAAGACCUCUAAUCCACUUGAUGUGUCCACAAGACCAGGAGGCGUCCCACACACAUUCUUACAGAAGGACCCCAGGCUAACGGAUCCAUUCCGGCCCGUUCUCAGGAAACCAGGGAAGUGGUGCGCCAUGCAUGUCCAUAUCGCCUGGCAGAUAUACCACCACCAACAGAAAGUGAAGCAGCAGAUGCAGGUCGACCCUCACAAGCUAGACUUUGGCCUCAAGCCUGACUUCCUGAGUCGACCUCCGGGCCCCAGCCUCUUCGGGGCCAUCCAUCACCCCAACGACUUGGCACGGCCCGCCACGCUCUUCUCCGCUGCGGGUCCCACACACCCAUCAGCAGGUCCUUUCGGUCAUCCGCCCCACCAUCCUGGAAACUUCCUCGCUCCAGCACCUCACUUAGAACCUUUUGGUAGGCCUGUGUCGUUUGGCGGACUGGGAACCCUCAGUUCAUCGGCCUUCGGGGGACUGGGCAAUCCAGCACUAAAAUCGCUAACUGCGGCCAACACAGUGUUCGGCCAUAAAGAUGGCCCCAACGCACAUCAGCACUUCAACAGCGGCCACCAGGAGCCGUGGAACCGCCUGCACCGUACGCCGCCCUCCUUCCCCACACCGCCACCCUGGCUGAAACCCGGAGACUCUGAGAGGAGCGCCUCAGCCAGCUCGCAUGAGAGGGACCGAGACUCUGACAAACGGGACUCGUUGGUCAGUAAAGACGACAAAGACAGGGACUCUGUAGAAAAACGCCAUUCGAGCCAUCCGUCUCCAGUCCCCGUCAACCCCAUCAGCCUCCUGGGCCACACCCGGCCUCCUGAGCACCACAGGAACCACCUGCCCCCUGCUUCUGGAGAGCCUCAGAGGGACAAGGAGAAGGCCAAAGACAGGGAGAGGGAGCACUCAGACUCCUGGAAAGACAACGGCACAGAUGACCAUAAGCUCAAAGACAACCAGCACAGCGACAAGGACACACCUGUCAUCCACGACGGCCGAGUGUCAGAGGACAAAAUGUCCAACAGGGGGACACCGUCGCCCUACGUCCGGCAGACCAGCCUCGAACGUCCCAACGGCGGGCUGAGCAGGGAGGUCCUGGAGAAAAAGGUAGAGCUGCCAUACGAGCACCAGAAGAAGAACAGCGAGGUGAAAGUGAAGGAGGAGCGGAAGGAGGAGCGGAAGGAAGAGCAGGAUGGAGCCACAGAGAGGGCAAGUGAGCACCCAACACAGGCACCCUCCACGCCGAACCUCCACCCUCCCUCCUCGAUGCCUAUGCCCAUGAGCAUGGCUGGCGUUCACCCCAUCAACAGCAUCAGCGGGCUGGAGAGAACUCGAAUGGUGGCGCCCUUCAUGGGUAUCAGCCCCAUCCCAGGAGCUGACAGGUUCCCUUACCCUGCCUUCCACUGGGACCCAAUGAGAGACCCUUACAGGGGCCUGGACAUUCACAGACGGGACCCUUUGGCCAGGGAACUGUUGCUAAGGAAUGACCCUCUGCACCGGCUGGCAGUGCCGCGCCUCUACGAGGCUGAGCGCUCCUACAGGGACCGUGAGCCUCAUGACUUUAAUCGUGACCACAUCCACCCUCUGGCCCUGGAGCAGAGGAGGGAGCAUGAGCGUGCCCAUCUGGAGGAGCGAGAGCGCCUCAACAUGCUCAGAGAGGACUAUGAGCACGGGCGCCUCCACCCCGUAAUGCACCAUCCUGCCCUUGAUGGACACCUGUCACACCCGGCCCAGGGCCUCAUGGCCCCUGGACUCCCAGGCAUGCACUACUCCAGGGUGAGCCCCUCGGCUGCAGCGGCAGCUGCUGUAGCUGCAGCCACCGCCCAUCAGAACGGUAUCCUGAACAAAACCCCGCCCACCGCCUCUCUGAGUGCCCCGCCCCCUCUCAUCCCCACGCUGGGUGCCCGGCCCGGCUCACCCAGACGGACUACUCCCCUGGCCACAGAUAUCAGAGACAGACCGGCUCACAAAGACAUCGAGGCACGGUGAGCUGAGCCUCGGCAGACGGACCCUGCAGCUCUGUGCCUCACCAACACUGAACUCACACCAAGCACUUAGCUUUGGGCAAAGCAAGACUGUAAGAUAGCUGUGAAUAACUUAUGGGAGCCAGAGAAAUGCCCUCACAAUGAGUUGUUUUUGUAUAAAACUACAAAGAGACAAUAAUCAUGGAACAAAAAAAAGAUUUUUCAAAGAUGUUUCUUCCGGUUUGCUCCAGCUUUUUGUGUGCAUUCUGUCUCCUGUACGGUGAAGUGACGCGGGGUGAGAGGUACUUUAUCACUGACAGACAGCAAAGUGUGUAGAUAAUGUGUACAGUCGCUGUGCUCACUCUGUAUGGAUUCAAAAUCAUGGUACAAAUAUGCAAAAGGAUGUUUUGAAAGCUUUACUUUGAACACAUGUAAAUAGAGGAGUAUUACAGCAGUGAUUCAGAAUGUGCUUUUUGCUAUUUUCCUUUUGUUUUUUCGGUUGACGCAGCUGAUUAGCAUUGUACCAGAGACCCCAUGUUCAACUAUGCAACAAAUGUCUCGGCUCCCUUUCUGAAAGCUGGCCUUCUCACCACUGACUGUGUAACAAUAACGGACAAACAGCUGUAUUCUCUCCACAACUCUCUCACACACACACACACACACUGGGUCCACGCUUUAACCGAUCCACGCAGAUGUUGUCGGUCGCAAUUUGGAUUAAACAAAAAGGUUAUGUCUUGAGAAGUAUUCUCUCAAAUAUAAUCAAUUGUACUGACAAUCCAAAAAAAAACAGUUGAAGGAGGAAUUGCAUUUUAAAGAUUUUCAAUGUAAAAAAGACAGCAGCACAAAUGUCAACUCUCUUCCUUCUCUCAGUUACGACCAGUCUUGUUCUGGGGAGAAUGCAGCACAUUUACCACCAUGGCAGCACAUUCGCCCUACUGAAGGAGUGUAAAGUACAUGUUUUGGAAAUAGGUUCUGUUGGUCAAACAGUGUAUUAAAGUGCGUUCCUGAGUUGUUGUACCUACAAAAUCAAAAGACAAAAAAGCAAGUCUAAACUAUGGACAGUUUGUUUCUAAUGAGCAGAGAUCUAUUUUAGUAGUCCACU